AUGGCUCCCACCAGCCGCAAGACAUUGUUGGCUCCUAUCCAUUUCAUUUUCUCAACUCUCCAGAAGGAUAAGAAGGUUAUUAUUUGGCUUUACGAUCAGAUCCACUGUCGUAUUGAGGGCAACCUCCGAGGAUUUGAUGAAUUCAUGAACUUGGUCCUUGACAAUGCCGUUGAGGUACGCCUGCCCACAAAGCUUGCAGAGGAGAAACGCCGGCCGCUGGGUGAGAUUUAA